CGCGCAUUCUGCAGGAGUGGCGCUCUUUGUAGGCUGUGCGAGAUAUACUAAACGUAGACAAUUCAACUCACCGAGUAGUUAUACCAUCGCUUUAUCUGACAUAAGCACGGACAGAUUGCUUUAAGCGCGACAGUGAAGCGAAACAAAGCAGCUGCUAUGGAUCCCGAGCGCGCAUCAGUGCCCGUGAGAACGGUAAACACGCGCGGGCGUGACCCAAUGUGUUUUCAAUAGGGCAAAAAACGCGACCGUGGCAGAAGAAUGGGCUACUCAGAUCCCACAGCUAGUAGGGAUCUGCUAGGGAACAGAUCCCUGUGUUUUAUUUUCAUAUGCGCUUUCGGACUGGUCACCUUAUUGCAGCAAAUCCUCUAUGGCAAGAACUACAUCAAAAGUGGGCAACAGUUUUCCCGCCUCAAAGGAGAGGAGGUGGGCAACUGGAGCGGGCUCAUUAGUUACCCCGAUGAUGGAGGGAUGAAGCCGGCCAGAAAUGGGAGGAAAAGAUGUGUCCGUCAGAAUUUUCAGCAGUCUGAGGCUCAGAACUCCGUAGUUAUCACGCCCUGCCUAGCUGAAAUUCAGAAGAAAAAAAAAGAAAAGAAAAGGUAUCUGGAGCGCAUCGACGGCUCCUUGCAGUUCAACUCCUCCUCCUGCAAGGAAUUACGGCAAGACAUCACGGAUGUCAAAGUAUUGACCAUGGUGAAGACUUCCGAGCUGUUUGAGCGAUGGAGGAACCUGCAGGUGUGUAAGUGGGAUCAAAAUAAGGAGGAGACGGAUAAUUUCAAGAUGUCUCUGUCCCGCUGCUGCAAUGCCCCCUCCUUCCUGUUCACCACCAAGAGAAACACUCCCUCCGGCACCAAACUGCGCUACGAAGUGGACACCAGCGGGAUCCUGCACAUCAGCCCGGAGAUCUUCAAGAUGUUCCCUGAUGACAUGCCGUUUUCCAAAUCCCAGUUCAAGAAGUGUGCCGUCAUCGGGAACGGAGGCAUCAUUAAGAACAGCAAGUGCGGACGAGAGAUUGAUGCUUCUGACUUUGUCUUCCGAUGUAAUAUUCCUCCAAUAUCCGAUUUGUACAGUCAAGAUGUGGGAUCUAGGACUGAUCUUGUAACAAUAAACCCCAGCAUUAUAACUGAGAGGUUUCAAAAGCUGGAGAAAUGGAGGAAGCCGUUUUACGAGGUCCUGCAGAAUUAUGAGAACUCCUCGGUGGUUUUGCCGGCGUUUUACAACACACGAAACACAGACGUGUCGUUCCGUGUGAAGUACAUGCUGGAUGACUUUGAGUCGUCGCGCGGCGUCUUCUUCUUCCACCCGCAGUACCUGCUGAACGUGCAGCGCUUCUGGGCCGUGCAGGGCGUCCGCGCCAAACGCCUGAGCAGCGGCCUGAUGUUAGUCACCGCCGCCAUGGAGCUUUGCGAAGAAGUGCAUCUCUACGGCUUCUGGGCGUUUCCCAUGAACCCCUCUGGCAUCUUCAUAACACACCAUUAUUACGACAAUGUUAAGCCGCGGCCAGGGUUCCACGCCAUGCCCUACGAGAUCUUCAACUUCAUGCACAUGCACGCUCGCGGUAUCGUACACGUGCACACAGGCCCCUGCAGGUGAAAUGGCCUUUGUGCAAUCCGAUUGGUCCAUCUUUGUGGAGCUCCACCCAUUUGCAGGCGCUAUGGAUCUCAAACUUCAUGCGUGCGCCAAUCGCAGGUGUUUUAUCACUGCGUGUUUUUACAAUAACGUGUCGGGACAGCAAAUGCUACGUGUUUCCUGUUUGGUGAUUUCCUGUGGUGUCGUGUUUGUGUGUCUGAGCAGAUAUCACGUUUCUAAGCGUUAGGUUGGACAGCAGCAAAUGAGGAUGUUUUAUAGCUACACUUUGUAUUUCUGCAGAAUGGCCCCGCCCACGGUGGAAUCUUAUUGGUCCAAAAUUCUAGUACGCUUAAAGGGAUUGUUCACCCAAAAAAUUUUAUUGUGUUAUUAUUUACUCAACCUUUAAUUGUUUACUUUAUUUGCCUCCUCAACCUUUACUUCUUCUGUUGAAUACUUAAUAAGAUUUUUAAGAAUGCUGAAAACCUGUAACCAUCGACUUCCAUAGUAUUUGUUUUUCCUACUGUGCACUGUUAGCUAAUUCUUGCUGCCUUAAAUUUUUGAGUUGAAACAAAUUAACUUUUCUAGUCAUCUCAAAUUGGGGCAACACGGUGGCUUAGUGGUUAGCACUGUCGCCUCAGUGCUUACACUGUCGCCGCGUUUACGUUCUCCCUGUGUUGGCGUGGGUUUCCUCCGGGUAGGGAUGUCCCGAUCAGGUUUUUUUUGCCCUCAAGUCCAAUCAUUUGAUUUUAAGUAUCUACCGAUACCGAAACCCGAUCCGAUACUUCUAUAAUACAUAACAAAAUAAAGAAGAGCGAAGAAACAGACCCAGGAUGUUCUAGAUUUUUUAUUUAAUUCACUUUAUUUUAACAUUCAACAACUGUUAACAAACAGAGCGCUUCUGUGAGUUGACUUGAACAAUCAAUAAAUAACAUCAAUUCUUUACUUUUGGACUUUAGUGCAACAGUAAAUAUAUAAAAAAAUCUAAUAUGAAAAUAAAUAGUAACUCAGCUUAAAAUACCCGGCAGACAAUCCUAAGUUUACUUAUCUCACAGUUUGCUAUGGCAAUGUUGUCAUCAUCAACUUUAUAAUACCUCUAGAUGCAGACAUACUCGCGCUUUCCUCUUCAUGCUGCUUCCAUGUUCUGCAUUGCUGGCAUUUAACCAAUAGCUUCUCUGCAACAAAGUGAUGUCAUGCCGCACACGUUGCUGCUGUAGAUGUGUGUCCUGUCUAGUGUUGUGAAAAGGCAAUGCUGAAAAUCUAUGGUUAAAGCACCACCCAGUGGUCAAAAGCUGCUGACGCUACUACUGCCGCCGCGGUGACAGCAAGAAUGGCAGCAGAGGGAACAUACUGAAGUGGUGUCAUCUGUAUAUACAGUGGAAGUCAGAAUUAUUAGCCCCCCUUAGAAUUUUUUUUCUUUCUUAAAUAUUUCCCAAAUUAUGUUAAACAGAGCAAGGAAAUUAUUUACUGUCAUCAUGUCAAAGAUAAAAUAAAUCAGUUAUUAGAAAUGAGUUAUUAAAACUAUUAUGUUUAGAAAUGUGUUGAAGAAAUCUCUCCGUUAAACAGAAAUUGGGGGAAAAAAUAAACAGGGGGGCUAAUAAUUCUGACUUCAACUGUACAUAUAUAUUUGAGUCCUGAUCGGGAGGUAACGUCCGAUUACGAUCGAGUCUGAAACCACAUUACCGGGCCCGAUUUCCAAACACGUGAUCAUAUCCGGAGUGUCAUAUCUGUGUGUUUCUCCCACAAUCCAAAGUCAUGCGCAAUAAGUGAAUUGAAUAAGCUAAAUUGGCCGUAGUUUCCCAGUGAUUGGUUGCAGCUGGAAGGGCAUCCGCUGUGCAAAACAUAUGCUGGAUAAGUUGGCGGUUCAUUCCGCUGUGGCAAUCUUUUUAUUAGUAAACAGACUAAGCCAAAAAGAAAAUGAAUGAAUGAAUGAAUGAAUUGGCCCGUAGUGUGUGUGUGUGUGUGUGUGUGUGUGUGUGUGUGUGUGUGUGUGUGUGUGCGUGUGUGUGUGUGUGUGUGUGUGUGUGAAUGAAAGGAUGUAUGGGUGUUUAACAGUAUUGGGCUAUAGCUGGAAGGGUAUCUGCUGUGUAAAACAUAUGCUGGAUAAGUUGGCGGUUCAUUCCGCUGUGGCAAUCUUUUUAUUAAUAAACAGACUAAGCCAAAAAGAAAAUGAAUGAAUGAAUGAAUUGGCCGUAGUGUGUGUGUGAAUGAAAGGGUGUAUGGGUGUUUAACAGUAUUGGGCUAUAGCUGGAAGGGUAUCUGCUGUGUAAAACAUAUGCUGGAUAAGUUGGCGGUUCAUUCCGCUGUGGCAAUCUUUUUAUUAAUAAACAGACUAAGCCAAAAAGAAAAUGAAUGAAUGAAUUGGCCAUAGUGUGUGUGUGUGUGUGUGUGUGUGUGUGUGUGUGUGUGUGUGUGUGUGUGUGUGUGUGUGUGUGUGAAUGAAAGGGUGUAUGGGUGUUUAACAGUACUGGGCUAUAGCUGGAAGGGCAUCUGCUGUGUAAAACAUAUGCUGGAUAAGUUGGCGGUUCAUUCCGCUGUGCCAACCCCUUAUAAAUAAACGGACCAAGCCGAAGGAAAAUGAAUGAGGUUACAGGUUUUCAGCAUUCUUCAAAUUAUCUUCUUUUGUGUUGAACAGAAGAAAGAAACUCAUAAAGGUUUGAAACCACUUUAAAAGUGAGUACAUAGUGAGCAAAUGUAGAUUUUUGGGUGAACUAUCCCCUUUAAUGGAUUGCAUUAGUGCCUGCCCACUUUUUCUAAGUAUUUUAUCUCCUUUUUUCCCGCCGAGGGGUUUUAAAAAGUCUUUGCUAUACGCAAUGUAAGCCAUAAACCAAACCAAGCAGCUAUAAGGAAAAUCAAAACAUUGAAUUAAUUAGAAGCAUUCGUUUAAUAUUAGCAGAUGGAAAUCAGUCUAAAAGACAAAGGUGCAAAAGUGUGAAUUUAACAGCUUGAAGAGCAUCAAUCCCACGGAGCAUUGCCAAUGACGCAAUCAAAUUAAGCAUGACAGAGAAAUGAAUGACAUAUGCAUCAUGGUCUUCAGUGGGCGGAGCUAAAGCUCUCUUGGCAUGCUUUGCUGGAACUCUCUGAUUGGUGGGUUUUUCUGUACAGCAUCGGUAAUGUAGACUUUCUGCACGAAUUCCACUAUUAAACAUGAUUGUUUUUUAAAAAUACAUUUAAUUAACGCAUUUCCACCAAUGAAAUACGACCGAUUAAAAACAGAAUUGUGCUCUAUUGUAUAAUAAACAUCAAGUAUAUUCAAACAGGCUUUGAUUGUGUCGCAUUGCAUCUGGUUAAGACACAUUAAGAGCCUCUUUUUAACAGUUCUAAGGUGUUUUAAUGUUCAUCAAUAACCACAUCAGUGCAUUAAAGUAGACUUUUUCAGUUAUAAUGGUAAAUAUAUGGGAUACAACGGCUUGUAUACGUUUUUUAAUGCACUGGAGUCAUGUAUGAUAAAAUACAAGGGACGGGAAACUUUGUGUUAUCAAAUCCAACACAACUGUUUAUGUUGAGAAAUGUUUUUACAGUCUUUUUCUGUCUCACUCUCACACACACACACACACACACACACACACACGCACACACACACGCACACACACACACACACACACACACACAUAAACACACACGCACACAUGCAAUCUGUGACGGAGUUUUCAGUGUCUUUAAAUAAACUGAUCAUGUUUGUAAUGCUGAUCUUUAUAUACAGUACUUCAUUUUUGGGUUGCUUGUGUAUGAUAUUGUGAUAACAGCGUGACCUUAUCACUUAAACAAGAAAUCAAAUUUUAAUACUCAUUGAAAUUCCUGAUUUCAUGAUACUUGAAGACAUCUAUCUAUCCAUCUAUCCAUCUAUCUAUCCAUCUAUCCAUCUAUCCAUCUAUCUAUCUAUCUAUCUAUCUAUCUAUCUAUCUAUCUAUCUAUCUAUCUAUCUAUCUAUCUAUCUAUCUAUCUAUCUGUCUGUCUGUCUGUCUGUCUGUCUGUCUGUAUGUAUGUCUGUCUGUCUGUCUGUCUGUCUGUCUGUCUACCUAUCUAUCUAUCUAUCUAUCUAUCUAUCUAUCUAUCUAUCUAUCCGGCUAUCUAUCCGGCUAUCUAUCUAUCUAUCUAUCUAUCUAUCUAUCUAUCUAUCUAUCUAUCUAUCUAUCUAUCUAUCUAUCUAUCUAUCUAUCUAUC